CUCCAGUAUUUUCCCCCCUCUCGCGCUGGGCGCUGUGUGUGUGUUUUUUUCUCGAGCGCGUCGCGAGGAUAUGGAAGAUGGCGAGCGCGGAGACAGCGGCAGAGCACGAGCGAAUCCUGCGUGAGAUUGAAAGCACAGACACCAACUGCAUUGGACCAACGCUCCGGUCUGUUUAUGAUGGACAGGAACAUGGACUCUUCAUGGAGAAACUGGAGGGGCGGAUCCGCAACCACGACCGUGAAAUUGAGAAGAUGUGCAACCAUCACUUCCAGGGCUUUGUGGACUCCAUUACUGAGCUGCUCAAAGUGCGCGGGGAAGCCCAGAAACUCAAGGGUCAGGUGACUGAGACCAAUCAGAAGCUACAAAAUGACGGCAAGGGGCUCCUGACGUCAAUGGAUGAACUGAGACAAUGCCGUCUGCAGCAGAGGAAUAUCGCCACCACCAUUGACAAACUCACACACUGCUUACCAGUGUUGGAGAUGUACACCAAACUGCAGGAACAGAUGCGGACUAAAAGAUACUAUCCAGCUUUACGAACCCUGGAACAGUUGGAGGAGAGCUGUUUGCCUCAAGCGGGAUCAUAUCGUUUCUGCACCAUCAUGGCAGAGAAUAUCCCACGCCUGCGCACGCACAUCAGAGACGUCUCCAUGUCUGACCUCAAAGACUUCCUGGAGAGCAUCCGCAAGCAUUCGGAUAAGAUCGGAGAGACUGCCAUGAAACAGGCACAGGUCCAGAUCGCUCGUGACAAUGCCGUGACAUCACAGCAGCGGUCAGCGAGUGGACGAAGGAUACGGAAGGAAGCAUGCUCAGGCACAGAGGUCGACAGAACUGAAAGCAACCCCUUCUCGGAACAGGAUUCUGGAAUAUUGGAUGUGGAGUAUGAAGAGGAGAAUGAGAUUCCUGGUGCGCAGGACUUGGUGGACUUCUCUCCUGUUUAUCGCUGUUUACACAUCUACACUGUAUUGGGUGCCCGGGACACGUUUGAGAACUACUACAGGAAGCAGCGGCGGAAACAGGCCAGACUUGUGCUGCAGCCUCACUCUAACAUGCAUGAAACGUUAGAGGGAUACAGGCGCUACUUCAAUCAAAUUGUUGGUUUUUUUGUAGUGGAGGACCACAUCUUGCACACCACGCAGGGCCUGGUAAACAGGGCUUAUGUGGAAGAAUUGUGGGAGCUGGCUCUUUCCAAGACUAUUGCAGCCUUGCGUACUCAUUCAUCUUAUUGCACUGAUCCAGACCUGGUUUUAGAUCUGAAGAAUCUCAUAGUCCUGUUUGCAGACACUCUGCAGGGUUAUGGUUUUCCAGUAAACCAGUUGUUUGACAUGUUGCUGGAGAUGAGGGAUCAAUAUGGGGAGAUACUGCUGAAAAAGUGGAACCAGUCCUUCAGGCAAAUCUUAGAUCAGGACAACUACAGCCCCAUUCCCGUGGCGUCCCCUGACGAGUACCAGCGGAUCGCAGGCCAAUUCCCCUUCCAGGAUCCAGAGCUCGAGAAGAUGCCUUUUCCGAAGAAGCUGCCAUUUUCUGAAUUUGUGCCGAAAGUAUACUCCCAAAUCAAAGAAUUCAUCUACGCCUGCCUGAAAUACUCUGAGGACUUGCACCUUAGCUCAACAGAAAUUGACGACAUGAUCCGUAAAUCUACAAAUCUCCUGCUCACACGAACCCUUAGCCACUGCCUACAGUAUGCCAUAAAGAAGAAAAACGUAGGACUGGCAGAGUUGGUUCAGAUCAUCAUCAACACCACUCACCUGGAGCAGUCCUGUCACUACCUAGAAGGGUUCAUCUCCAACAUAACCAACGUGCCUCCUGACACCAUUAAUGCCACCAAACUCUAUGGAACCUCAACCUUCAAGGACGCAAGGCAUGCUGCUGAAGAGGAGAUCUACACCAACCUGAAUCAAAAGAUUGAUCAAUUUUUGCAGCUGGCUGAUUAUGAUUGGACGGCAGUACAGGGAGGUGGACAGGCCAGUGACUACCUGAGUGACCUCAUUGCUUUCCUCUGUAGCACCUUUGCAGUGUUUACUCACCUGCCCGGCAGUUCUAUAGAGCACGCCACACUACCGGGGAAGGUGGCUCAGACGGCAUGUAUGUCAGCCUGUAAACACCUCUCCACUUCCCUGCUGCAGCUGCUGUUGGAGGCUGAUGUCAGGCAAGUGUCUAUGGGAGCCCUGCAGCAGUUCAACGUGGACGUCAAAGAGUGUGAGAGGUUUGCCAGGGCCGGCCCGGUGCCUGGCUUCCAGGGGGACACUCUGCUGCUCGCCUUCAUCGACUUGAGACAAUUACUGGAUCUCUUCACUCAGUGGGACUGGUCCACGUAUCUGGCCGACUACGGCCGACCCACCUGCAAGUACCUGCGAGUCAAUCCUCACACGGCUCUGGCCCUCCUAGAGAAGAUUUCUCGAUCGAUGAAGGACACCAGCCGCAAGAACAACAUGUUCGCUCAGUUCCGUAAAAACGAACGGGACAAGCAGAAGCUUAUAGACACUGUUGUCAAACAGCUGAAAAAUCUCAUCGCCACCAACCAAGCCUGAGAAAGCCAACGCAUCAGCGUACGGCCCACGUCCUGAUGAUUUGCCACCAUCAGAGCGUCUAGACUACGCUUGCACAUCUCCAAUAGUUGGGUAUAUUGUUCUUUUAACACAGACACUUGGACUGACACAUACACAUCUCUGAGAGGUGCACCUGCUAAACCAACCCGUGCCUGUGUGAUAUGGUGUCCAUGUCUUCCUGUGUACUAACUGAACACAUUAAGGACACCAAAUCACAUUUUGUCCACGCGCUUUAUUAUCUUGUCACACUAACUUCCUGUCUCAAUAUUUGAAUUGCCUUUACAACAGAUCUAAAGUAUUAUUUAUCUUAUUUUUGAAUUUGACUGUGUGGAUAUUUCUUAAAUUGCUGCAAAGUUAAAGGAAAUUGAAACACUAACUAUGCUUGAAUAUUGCUGUCAUAAUUUGUCAAGGGAUAGUCCACCCAAAAAUGAAAUUUCUGUCAUUAUUAUGUUACAAACCUGUAUGAGUUACUUUCUUCUGUGGGACACAAAAGAUGAUACUUGUUUACCAACAAUCUUCAAAAUAUAUUCUGUUGUGUUUACAUACAUGAUGUUGAAUAAUUGAUGACGGAAAUUUCAUUUAGGGUGAACUAUCCCUUUAAUAUCUGUGAGAAGAUAAAUUAAUAUUCUCACAGAUGGGUCAAGGGUUCAUGUGAGUGCAGAUCAUAAUGAGGGAAUUUGUUUUUGGGCGUUCUCAAUACAGGGAAUCCAGUUACUGCCCUUGUUAAAUAUUUAAUGCAUAGUAAUUGUACACUAGACAAUACUCCAGCUUUAGUCUGUUACAGCCAAGAUGUAGAUUAUAUUUUAAUACCUUAAAGAAUGACGGUUGUGUGGCAGCUUUGGAAACAAUUAGUUUACUAUUGUCACAGAAAUGACCAGAUUAAGGUGUUUUUGAUUGGACUUCCAAUGUGCAGAAUAGAGGCUUAAGUUUCUUGUAUUCAUUGAUUGCAAAUAAAGCAUUCAAUGCGAGAACUGACUGAAGAUGUGUAAGGCCUGGAACCUACUAUAAUGUCUUCGAGAUAAAGACAUUACAAGAGCAGGCUAAUGUCAGAACAUUUAGACGGUCAUGAGUUUAUGUACAUUAAAACUAAUAUUAAAUGGCUCUUUGUAUUUAAACGGUGUCGUCUUGCCAUAGCUUUGAUAUUUUCCCUGAUAGGAAUGGGUGCAAUAUUAUAUCCUCUCUUCAAAUUGAAUUUAGGGAUUGUUUUUGUUUAACGGGAGUUUUCUUUUUCUUUCAUUUAAUUUUUUACUGGCACAAAAGAUGUACGUUUGAAGCCUGUCCCGUACAGUAGAUGCAAAAUGAUUAAACUAUAAAGGGAAUUCUUCAGUUUUAGGGACAGAACAAGCGCCAUUAGCAGUUUUCUGGAUUCAGCUCUUCUUGUCUGUGCCUUGACUUUGUUUUUUUACAUGCCAAUAUUUGAUUCAUGUGUUUUCCGCACAGCACCUGGCCUUAGAUGUGUGACCAGGGAAUGGAUGUGCAUUGGUGUAUGAGAGCGAGCGUGCAUGAGAACAUUCAGCCUUUGCAGACAGCUCUGAUUGUAGAGAACACAUAGAGAGAGAUGCACUGUACAGAUUAUAUUAAACCACUAAUGAAUACUACAAUACUAAUAAAUUCUGCAAAUGCCAACAAAUA